AUGGCUACAGCUCUUUCUCUUUCCUUCUCCUUAGACCCUCAAAACCGCUUCAACACCAUCACCACAACCAAAACGACUCGUCGUUUCACAUUCUCCACCCUCCCUCACCGAAAAACCCUAAUCCCAAAUCACUUCAAACUCUCCUCUUCUUCCCAUUCCCAAUUCCAAACCCUAAUCCCAAAUCACUUCAAACUCUCCUCUUCUUCCCAUUCCCAAUUCCAAACCCUAAUCCAACCCGGUAAAUUCCUCACGAACGACGAACUCGAAAAACUCCAAUUCCUCUCCUCAUUCCUCUACUCUCAUCAACUCCAAUCCGGCACGGUCUGGGUUCGAGUUAUGAGAGACAGCGAAGUGGAUGCCAUUGUUUGUUUACUCGCGGAUUCGUUCGCGGAAUCGAUGAUGUUUAUGAAGGGGUAUAUCAAUGUCUUGAGGUUUCUUGUGAAACAGUAUUUGAUUGAGCGGAGGAGUUCGAUGCCGCAUAUGGCGACGCUCGUUGGGUUUUAUAGAGGGCUUAUUGAUGGGGAAGAUGAGGAAAUGCAGUUGGCGGGGACUGUGGAGAUUUCUUUUGAUAAAAAUGGGGCUAAUGCUACUCUUCCUUCUCCUACUCCUCCCAGGGAUUCUCCUUAUAUUUGUAACAUGGCUGUGGAAAAGUCUCUCAGAAGGAGGGGCAUUGGAUGGCACCUUCUAAAGGCAAGUGAGGAAUUGAUUUCUCAGAUGAGUUCAUUGGGAGAAGUUUACUUGCAUUGUCGAAUGAUUGAUGAAGCUCCAUUUAACAUGUAUACAAAAGCUGAUUACAAAAUUGUAACGACAGACAGUAUAUUAGUUCUGCUGAUGUUGCAGAAACGCAAGCACUUGAUGUGCAAGAAACUUCCUCUCAUAAGUAUGCCUUCAGAAACAGAUUUGUCAUGUUCUGAUGAGUAA